ACUCAGUGUAUCUUCAAGCGCGAAGCACGUUUUUCUUUUUCGUCGUAGAACACAUGGAAAACGAUUUCUAAAUGCAAAGCAAUUUAGCUUAGCAAUAAAACUAAAUAAUAAAAAGCCAUAGGAUAUAUUGAUUUUAUGCAAUAUUGAUUUCUCGCAUUCACAUUUGGUGGCCUCUGAAGGAGGAACAUAUUGUAGCAUCUUUGCAGUUUAGAAAGUGGAAUUAUAUACCCCACAAGGCUUUAAGAGCUGUUAUUAAAUGGAAUUACGUAAUCUGUGGACAAAUUGUAUGCAUUAGUCAAGCACACACCCACACCAACAUAAUCGUUGAAAGGCGCACGCAUGAACAAAUCUGCGCGCGUGUGAGAGAGAGAGACGGCAAUAGAGCAGUUGCUGUGGUACAGUGUUGCCACCCGUUUCGUGUUUUUUGUUACUAUAGAGAGGAAAAAUGCCGCGAAUAGUGCCGUUGCAGUUAUUGAAGUGUCUACGGGUGCUCCUAGACAACAAUGGUGGCAUCUUAAGUGCCAUGGAGGUGAAGCGCAUAGCAGGACUCAUGCAGAAAUAUUCAAAGAAGUUGGUUUCCAAGUGCGUUUACGUUCAAAUUUUAAAAUCAACUAAGACGGAGUUGCUGGGGGACUUCAUGGCCUCGGGCGGGUGGUCUUUGGUCUACAGUUGGCUGAAUGACUCCAUUCGUGCUAUGAACUGGCCCCUGGUUCAGGAAAUUCUGGAAUUACUGCUGCUUUCCCCAGUAGAUGUGCACAGAUUGAAGAUCAACUCGGCACCCGUUCUGGUCAAGGGUCUGUGCAAAGAUGGCGGCAAUGAAGGUGUUCGCAUUCUAGCCAAGCGGCUGGUCGAACAAUGGCUGAAGAUUGUGACUGAGAACUCGAGUGGUGCGCCAGCGGCGAUGCCUGCCAUUCCGCCCCAGAUCGGGGUAACAGCUCCCACGGCGACGGAUCCGGCCACUGGUACGGGGGACUCUGCCUCUUCGUCGGACAGCACGGAUAGUGCAGGAACGCCGGUGACCAUGAACUACUCCAUUGCUUCGGCCCAGAAUAGCAACAACCACAACAGCAUAACCAUAAAAUGGAAGUCAGUGGAGCACUUGGACACAGAUGAUAUGAAUAAUGUUGACAAUGAUGGUUCCACGCAGCCAUCUGAGGCUGGUGUUAAGAGCAGCAAAAGUCCUGAGACAAGUGCCAGUCUCCAGAGUUCGAAAAAAUCAAGUUUAGAUGAUAGUUAUUCAACAGAGGUUAAAUCCGGGGAGGAGGUUGAUAAUAAGAAGCAUAAGAGCGCCCGAGACAAGAGUAAACGGUCUGAGAAAGAUCGUGAGAAGGAUAGAAAGUCUUCGUCCAGUCACAGGUCGUCCUCAUCUAGCCAUAAGUCGUCGUCGUCCUCGUCCUCCUCCUCAACAUCGAAGAGCUCGUCAAAGAGCUCCUCGUCCUCUUCGUCUCAUCGGAGUUCGAGUUCUAGCGACAAGCACCGUGACAAAGACAAGUCUCGCUCAAGCUCUGGAUCUAGCUCCAGUAAAGAUAAGGAGCGCAGUAGCUCAUCCUCUUCGUCAUCCUCUUCGAAUAAGCACAAGUCGUCAAAGUCCUCUUCAUCGUCGUCGUCGUCGAGUUCCUCCUCGAGCUCGAGCUCGUCCAAAGAUCGCAGUCGCGACAAGGAGAAGGACAAGUCCUCGUCGACGGCAACGAAGCAAGAUAAAGACAAUAAGCUUAUGCCCCCGCCAGCCUCAACUCUAUCCCCGGCCCAUUCACCGGCCACGAGUGCUGUAGAGAAGAAGGAAAAGGCCGAGAGUGAGCCUCAAAAGCCCCGAUCGAUACCCAUCAUGUCCCGAAAGGCAUCGAUAUCGAUAGAAAUCAGACGGGACACUGACAAGGCGGCCACCGUGAAGACGUAUCAGUCGAAAUUCCGAUCGCACGGACUAAACGAAGAGGCGCCGCCUCCACCCUCACGCAAGGGCCUGAAGAAGCCCACAUCCACCGUCCCGACGCCAUCAGCUCUGGUAACUCCCGUCGUGAAGAGACCCUCACCACCACCCCGAGACUCGCCGACGGAGAAGAAGCCAAAGAUCGACAUGAGCAAUGUUACAGGCCACGUUGAGCGCCCUGGAGCAGCCAAGCUGAUUGCUCCAAAAAAGAUUUCAACGCUUGUGGAGACAAAUCUAUUCUCGGAUGCACUGGCAGCGAGCAUCGAACCAAAGAAAGUGGUAAAGCGCAAGCGCACACAGUCGGCCAACUCGCCCACGGACAAGGAUGCGCCAUUGGCACCGCUGAAGUUCUACCAGGACACGCUGGACGAGUCGAAGGGAGACGAAAAGUCGGACGACAGCACCAAGGAGAACGACGAGGGUCGCUCCAGUUCGCCCAAUGGCUCCGCCGAUGCGGAUGACGAUGACAUACCCUUGAAGCGGGUCAAGGAGGACAUUGAGCAAAAGGUGCAAAAGGAGAAGGCGGCCGGCGAGAGUGCCGAUGGCUCUGACGAUGCGCCCGAGGAGCCCAGGAAGCCGGGCCCGGGUUGCGGACCUGAUGGCCCACCCGGAGUGCUGAUGCUGCACCGCCGCAAGGGCCCCAAGAAGAAGCUUACCUGGCAGCCGGAGGAUAAGCUCACACAGAUACGCUUCUUCGAGGUGGAUCUCUCCGAGCGGGUGAAUGUGACAAAGCAAACCUUCACCGAGAUGAAGAACAUGGAACGAUACAGCGAGCGCGACGCGUUGAACAUUUCCCGGCGGGGCUUCGAUGACUCCAUGCAGCCGCAGAUGGAGUGGCGACCGCUCAUCGAGGUGGACAAUGUGUCCAACGUUCCACAUGGCAAUCUCUCCAAGCAGCGGCACGUGCAGGCCGAACGCGAGGCAACAACGCUGCGAGCGCUCUACUUCUCCACGGACAUGAUACCGGACAGCCCUGCCGAGGCGGAGUUGGAGCCACACUUUGCCCACGACAUUCCCGUCAUCCCGGUGGAUGAUCUUACCGGCAAUCCCGAUGCUGUCAACGACUACAGCGACCUCAAAUGGCCCGAGCCCAAAGGCUAUGGGCCCAGUGGCAUCGGCGGCCCUGACAUACCCUACAAUGACAGCGUGAUGAUGGGCCCGGGACAUGGCGGGCCACCCAAUAUGUUGACCAACAAUCCCUUCCAGCCGUUUGCCAACAACUUUAUGCCAAACGGCGGAAAUAUGCCGCCCAAUCAGCAGAUGCCAAUGCAAGGACCCGUGCCCGGGCCAAUUGGUCCGCCCAUCUGGCAGAACCAAAUGGGACCCUCUGUGGGUCCUGUCGGGCCCAUGGGACCGGUCGGCAUGGACAUGAACAUGGGCGGCAUACCGCCACAGAACUAUAUGGGAAAUCAGUUUGGCAGCCCCGGCGGUCCGCCCUAUGCGUCGGGACCACCGCAGCCCUUCAACCAGGGGUUCAGUCCGAUGAUGAUGAACGGACCUGGCCCUGGACCCAUGAUGCACAACAGUCCCAAUGGCCCCAUGGGACCCAUGAUGAACAACAGUCCGAAUGGACCCAUGGGACCGAUGAUGAACAGCAGUCCGAAUGGUCCCAUGGGUCCCGGGCCCGGCCUGGGUCCCAUGCCCAAUGGUAGCGGACCACGGAACAACAACAACAAUCGAAAUAAGAACAAUGGAGGCGGCGGCGGUGGCGGCAACUGGCGGAGUGGUGGCAAUAACUUCCAAGAGAACUCUGGCGGCAAUUGGCGCACAGCGGGCUCUGGCUCCAAUCGAGGCGGCAACACGGGCGUCUGCAAGCAGUUUAUGCGGGGACACUGCAAAAUGGGCAAAUCCUGCAAGUACGUUCAUCCGCAGAACAAGCGUAUGUAGGAGCAGCAGCUCGAAUCUUCCCAGGAAGAUUCAUUUGCGUAGAUCUCAAGGAGCUAACACAAACACAACUGCGAUAUUUGUAAUAUAAGAGAAGAGGCUGCCCCUGAAGCCGAAGCCACUGAAGACUGCAGCCAGCUCUGGCCUGCUGGCCUGUUGCCACGCCCCAUAUACAUAGUUAUUGUUAACUCUGUAUAUAUUUAUAACUUAUAUUAAGUGUAUGUAUCUGGUAUAUGUAGGUAGCUUAUGUAGGUUUUCUGUAUCCUUAAGUUGUUUUGUCUUAGAGCUGCACCGGGACAAGAUAUUGUUACGUUGUACUUAUCGUGAGAGUUCGUUCGAUUCGCAUUGAAUUUUGUUAAGCCCCCAAAACAUAUUACGAGAACCAUAACUAUCCUUAGCUGUAAGAGCUCAUUUGUAUAGCUACAAUUAAAGACCAAGUCAUAUGAUGAAUUCAA